AUGACGGACUCAUCGGCACAAAACGGACAAUGUACCAGCCCACCUCCCCGCUUCGAAGGAAAGCCUUACCUGCAAUGUCUCGACACGCUGGAGGAUGCGUUCCCAGCGCUCAAGUCCUUCUUGGAAAAGCUGGCCAAUGAGGGAGAAGCCGGCCGUCAGGCUGUCAGGCAACACUACGAGAGGGAGCAUCAACGCACACCGGGCCGAUGCUAUUGCUUGGAGUUCAAGACCAAAAGCGUGGUUGUGGUGGAAGAGGGUGUCUUUGAGACUGCUGAUGCGCUUAGAGCAUACCUCCGAAAAAAGUCAGCAAGCAAGAGCCGCGAGGAGAUGCAUAAGCGUCUGUUCAUUCUCGAGGAUAUGGAGCCAGAUUAUGUGGAUGCACUGGGUCACUACUUGGGUGUAGACCCUUUGGUAUUCAGCGAGCAGAUGAAUACGUGGAACUUUACGGAUUCCUGGUCCAUCCCACAUAGAGGGUUACCGUCGAUGUCAAUACCCGGACAAUCAUUUACUUUGCGCUACUAUGAGCUGCGCACUUUGCUAUACCCCAGCUCAGUAGAUGUCCUGAGCUUGCAGACCUCUUUUGCGGUGAAUCGCCGUAGGUACGAAAGGUGGAAAGACAUCGACAUACCUUCACUAGGCAAGCCUGAUCGAAGGCAUGCUUUUGUGAGACGGUGCGCGUCAUUCUGGACGUCGCAGAACUUUCUGGCGAACGGGAAGACAGAUGGCUUGGGAUGGGAUGCGGUUCUUUUGGUCGACCCUGCCUUUGCUGCGACAUGUAAAGAACCAUCGGCAAAGUCGGCUGAUGGUUCGUCGACGGCGGGGAAGACAGAGAGCGAGUGUAGAAUCGUGGGCGAUAUCAAACUCGAUAGUAGUACCCGAAAAACCUUGGAUGACUGCUUGAUUCUACAAGCCAAAGAGCCGUUUGACAGCAGGUCAGCACUCUGGCGAGCACAAGACUGGGGCGCCUCCCAUGUGCUCCGGGAAACUUCACAUCAGAGCUGGCCGUACCAUAACGGAUGUUCCACACUGGCCCCACUGAUGUUCUCUGAAGUCGGAUUGGGGACAAAAGAAGUGAAUUUUCCAGUCUUCAAAGAGAAGCGGAAUCUAACCAGUGCGAUGAACGAGAUGGUGUUUUACUGGACGAAGCUUGCUACUCCUGAGUUGGUUCAGGAAACGAACGAGAAGUCGUCCAACGCAGCAUACUACCUCCUGAAACAUGUCGCUCAGCACUGGGUCAACCAACUUGAGCUCAUGAACACGACCAUCGCCAGGGGCGAAUGGUUCUCUGACGACUAUCAAGCCCAGAUCGACGACAACCUGAGUAAACAGAAAUGGAAGGCAGACCUACUGAAGAUCAACGAGAUCGCCGAGGACAUCAACUACAUGCGUCGACACUUGAACCACUUCUGGCGUGCAAUGUAUCUCAACCUUGAACGCCUCGGCGUGCAAUUAGGCUGCGAAAGCGUCGACGCGAACGCAUCUCUAGCGAUUCGAGACGCGCAAAAAGACUUCCUUACAUUACACACCAGAAUGCAGCCUUUGCGCGAUCGCGCAGAAGCCCUCAACUCAGUGUCGAACGAUCUCGCCAACCUUCGGGCGGCGUUCAGAGGCGUCUCAGACGGCGAGUUCAGCCUUCGUCUCAGCUUGUUUGCAUCCAUCGUCUUCCCGCUCACCCUACUUGCGGGUAUAUUCAGCAUGGGCGACGGCUUUCGCCCUGGUGGGCCAUAUUUCUGGCAGCUCUGGGCUAUCGGCAUACCCGUUUGCGUAGUGGUCGCGCUUGGUCUGGUGUAUGGAAGGCGGCCAUGGGCGGUCUUUACUGAUAUAUGGGAGUAUGCAAGAUCGUGGCUGGAACAUUACGAGCUCAUGAAGCCCAAAGACGAGAAGUCUGCGCAGAACCGAAAGAGGGAAGGUACACAAAAGCAACAGAUGAAAGAAUCCAAGUCAGACGGGCAGGCGACGUUGAUGAGAAGGGCAGGUUGGAGCAUCCGCGACGAAGAACACGGUAUUGAUGAUUGA